UUUUUUUUUUUGCUCCCCCGUACUUUUGUAAUAAGCCAAGCCUUUAUAGGAGAGCAUUCGGCAUCAUCAGCUGUUCCAGGUUGGACUCUCAUUGCUGGAAGUCGGAGCUGAAGGAGUCACAUGACAGAACUGGAGGCAGGGAGCUAGAGAGAGGAAAAGGCUCAGCAUUCCGCCUCGCACCGCCAUACUGUAGCCUCUUUUGAGCCAUUUCACAUUUUUAUUGCAACAUUUUACUCCCGCUCGGUGAGUACACUUCCACUGGCUAUUUUUUUUUUUCUGUUUUUCUAAACAAACAUAUUUUUUGGUCUUCUAAAUUCACCCCCUUCUUUUUCUUUUUUUUUUUUUUCCUUUUUUUGGGUUGUUUUUCCUCCUUUUGCUGGUGUUUGAAUUGAGCAUUUGCCGUGCUGGUUUCAAGCGUUGCCCCCCCACACCUCUACAGUCAGUCCAUCCAGGCUUCAAGUUUUCAGCAUGCGGUGAUUCAGAUCGAGAGGGUAUAAAUUGAAAGAAAAGAAAGGAAACGAGUGCGUUAUCGGUCUCUGAGAAAGCAUCUCACUUUGCUUGCAGUUUUGCAGAAACCGAGCAGAUUUGAUCAGUACAGAGAUUUUUCUUUUUCCUGCGCAUUUACUGGUGGGUUUUGGGACAUUUUUUUUUAUUAUUUUGAUUUUUUUUUGUUGUUGUUUUCUGUCGACUUUUGCUGUGGCUUUGGUUUGCAUUUUGGCAGUGUGGUUUGUGAUUUUGAUGAAUCUCACCGGUGAAACCUCUCGCUUUUACUUUGUUGCUCUUUUCUUUAUCUUUUACCAAAAAAAAGAAACAAGGCAAUCCUUUUUAAAUCCCCGCUCUGGCGUUUUAACCUGACACUUUUCUUGCAGCUGAGCUCACAGGUUUGUGCUUUUUGUUUUAUCUCUUUUUUCCCCCCUAUUUCCUGUUGUACUCUUGCAGAUGGCAGUGUCAAGUAUUUUUGGAUGUAAUUUUUUCUUACUAGAUUCUUGGGAGAGUUCAAUGCGUUUUUCUUGCUUUCUAUUUCAACGAGGAUGAACAGACAUUUUCCCACUUGCAGGAGGGCAACUGGAGGAGAAUGACUGGUAAAACCCAGACCAGCAACGUGACCAAUAAGAAUGAUCCUCGUUCCCUCAACUCCAGAGUCUUCAUCGGGAACCUCAACACAGCCAUCGUUAAGAAGACCGACAUAGAGGUCAUCUUCGCCAAGUACGGCAAGAUAGUGGGUUGCUCUGUGCAUAAAGGUUACGCGUUUGUACAGUACAUAAACGAAAGAAACGCCCGGGCCGCCGUGGCAGGAGAAAACGCCCGGAUCAUUGCUGGACAGCCUCUAGACAUAAACAUGGCGGGCGAGCCCAAGCCUUACAGGCCCAAAGGCGGCUCUAAGCGGCCGCUCUCAGCUGUUUACAGUGGUUACGAGUUUGAUUACGAAUACUACAGGGAUGAUUUCUACAGCAGGCUUUUCGAUUACCACGGCAGAGUGGCCCCCCCACCCAGAGCUGUGAUCCCUCUGAAACGCUCCAGGGUCCUCGCUCCUUCCUCUCGCCGUGGGAAGACUUCCUUCCCUGUCAAAACAUCCUCCUCUUCUUCCUCUUCAUCCUCCAGACCUCCAACAUCAUCCUCCUCCUCAGGUGUCAAAUUGAAGACGGACCAGCUCCAGACCAUUAAACGAGAGCUCACCCAGAUCAAAAUGAAGAUCGACUCUUUACUGGGACGCCUGGAGAAGAUUGAGAAGCAGCAGAGGACAGAAUCCGAGGCUCAAAGAAAAUACGAAGACAACUGCGACUCCCUGCAUGAGGAGUCUGUGUCGGAGACAGCGGAAAACUCUGGGGAGGAGGCAGGCGAGGGGGCGCUGGACGUGGAGGCGGGCGAGAUGACCGAUGGAGGGGAGGACGACUACGACGAGGAGGGCAGCCACCAUCUGAUAGAGAACCACGUAUCGGACAUCGACAACUGAGAUAAGGGCAAAGAAGCGAGCUCUCCUGGUUGUAGGUUUUAGAUUUCAUCAUCACCUUCGAGAGGCAGAA